AUUUAUGUUACAGUCAUCUGCCUAGUUGGAUGAAAUAAAAGUAUUUAUACGGGAAAAUAAGCACUUUACAAUUUUAGAAGCCCUAGCUUUCUGAAACCUGUAACAUCGAUUGAUCAUUCAAGAAUAUCUGUUGAAGAAGCAGGAAAAUCUCUCGAUUCCUCUUAAAUCUCUCGCUGCUAAUCCAACUUGAGGUGCCAAGUUAUGUGUAUUCCUGGAGAGGUUCCAACAAAACAUAAAGAUUCAAUGCCAGUGGUGAAGAAAAGGUAAAUAGGUGCAAUUGGAAACACUAUUAUGGCAGUUUUAUUUGAUUAAGCCUACAAUAUCUAGUUUUAUCCUCGUAUAGUAAUGAGUGUAAUGACUUCUGCACAAAUGUUUAUCAAUGCAAUUGUGUUUUGUACGACGUAUAUCCACCCCCAGAAAUACAGGGAUGGCUACGGAAAGAUUACGACUUACUCCAGCUUGUUGUCUUUAAAAGAACUACGUGAAAAAUUGGAAGACCAUGAGCAACCCAUUUUCCGAACAACUGCAAUUGGGCAUCUUCUUGACAUGCCAGAAGAACAAUCGUGGUCUGGGGCGUUAGUUAAUUACUUAUUGUCUAGGGAGUUUGCCUACCCUGUUGUUCCCAGAGAAAAGGCCGAAGAAAAAGUCGUAGAAACAUGGUUCAGGGUUUGUGACGAGGAAUUUGGCUUUGGGAAGGUUCCUGACAAGAAAUCAGGCUCUAUAAAGAUUUGUGACAACCCUUUUGACAAAGAUCUCUGCUUUGGGAAGAUCGAGUUUACUUUGAUUUCUGGUCUUAGUUUUAGGAAGCCAGAUCAAGCCUUCAUUUGUCCAGCGGAACCAUCUACCCUUAAGACAAGGUAUUUUUCCAUCAUUGACAGCGUAAAAGGUUCUCAUCUGAGAGCUUUUAUAUUUGGCAAAGAGGUUGAAUCUAGUUCAAAAAAGAAAGAACCUAAAAACACAAAGGUUAAACUUGAAAGUAAAAACAAAGUCAUAGUAGCCGAGAAAAGGGUUGAUUGUUCUAGUGAAGAAAGGGUCAAAGUGGCUUUAUUGUAUUUUAUCCACUUCUUCCUUCUGGGGCAUGCAAAUGAUGAUAAUGUCGAGGAUGAGUUCUGGCACCUUGUAGACAACCUUACAGAGUUUAACAAGUACCCUUGGAGGGAAUUAGUGUAUGACAGGACCAUUACAAAAAGUAGGUCUGCGUUGGUCUAUCAAACCAACAAUUACAAGAAGGAAGGACUACCGACUUUUAAGUCUCAAGGAUUGCUGCAUGUGCUGGUGGUAAGAUGAAUUUUCUUGAUAUAAUGCAUUAUGUGUCUAAUAUAAUAAUCGAAGCUGUGUGCGUUGUAGGUUUGGGCCCUUGAAAUUUUCCCAGGACUGCUUCAGAAGUUUGUAGAAAGAAAAGAUAGUAUAGGGUGGCAGCCACAUAUCCUUACUGUGUUAUGCAACGAGCUUGUCCACCACCAAAGCAUCGUUAAAACGUUGAAUUCGGUACCAGCUAUCCGUGAAAGCAUUACAGGGCAUACAUAUGAUUCUUUGGAAGAAAUGCUCGAGGAAGGUUUAGGUCCCCUCAAUAGUGUCGUAUCGGAUUUAGAGGAACAUGCCAACGAGGAUUCGGAGACGAAAUCUUCUUCACCAUAGAAGCAACCUAGUGUUUCAUGCUUUCCCACAGCAGGUGUGGAUGACCAGGUUCCAGAGUCGAAUCCCAAGGAUUGUAGUAACAAAAAUGCACCUUAUGGGGCACGAUUUGAUGCCGAUCGUUUGCAGGAGGUAGUCAAACUUUUGGCUGACAUCUUUCAGACGCAGAGGGAGGCAGCUGAUGUCUCAAAAAAACUAAUGGAUAAGGUCGAUGACCUGAUUAAAUCGCAGAAGACAGUGAUGGCGAAGAUUACCUUAUUGGAGAAUGAUGUUGCGUGCUUAAAGCAAAGAAAUGACGAGGAACCUCCAUUCGAGGGUGAUUACCAUGAUGAGGAAAUGUCUCACCGUAAUGUGAGUCGCAACCUGUGCGAAGACACAUAAUUUAGUAAAGAAGAUGCCGCAUUUCAUACUCCUUCAAGGUGCAGGAAUUUCAUACUUGAUGAUAAUGAUAUGGGAGGGGAAAACGAUAAAGAAGGAACAGAACAACAUGGUGCUGAUGUUGCCUCCAACGAUGCAAUUAACAUUUCAAAGAGCCCAAAAGGAAAAAAAAGAAUGCAUCGCGAACUCGAAGUAUUCAGCAACUCCAAUGAUGACGACGACGUAAAAAUAAUUCCUAAAGCGGCCAAGGUUAAGAGGGAAAUAAUCCCUUCCAGAUAUAGAAGGCCUCCAUUUACAAAUGAUGGUCGUAACCAAAAGAAGCCUCGAAAAAAGGUGGAAAGCAAGGAGUCUGUUAUCAGGAAUAAUAUGAAAACUCAGAUAACUGACUGGCAAAACAAAGAAGAUAUAAAUGAUCUAUUCUGUUUCUUAGACCAAAGUAAAAUACAUGGAGAAUUCUAUAAUGAUAAUGGUAUGUCAUUAGUGAACUGUGAAGAUUUAUCUAGACUACUGGAUCCAUCUGGGUGGCUAGGUGAUGAGGUUAUUAACAAAACACUGUACCUGUUGCGAAAGUCAAAGUACUUCACCGGGGCAAAUCAUACCUGGACAUACUUCGACACGUAUAUGCUUAAAAUUCUUGAGAACAAGAACGACAAAGUGAUGGAAAGAAUCAGACUAGGAAUUUCUCCGAAACAUGAUGAUGCUCGUCCACUCCCUUGGGAUGCGGUUUCUACAGUAUAUGGUGUGCUUAAUGUUAAAAAGACACACUGGGUAGCUCUCACCAUUAAAAUGGCAGAAAGGAGAAUUACAAUUUAUGAUUCCAAGAUACCGCCUCGUACUGGUAAGAAUACCAACAUUUACGAGGAAAUUGAGAUUCUCCGUGAGUAUUUGCGAGGCGUGAUGGGUUCUGGUGAAUGGCAUUGUAUAUUUUACAGCAAAAAUCUCCCUCAACAAACAGAUGGGUCCUCUUGUGGUGUCUUUGCCAUCAAGUUUAUUGAGCAUAUGAUUAGGGAUAUUUCCUUCCAGAAAAUCGAACAAAGUAAAACUCCUCAAUUUGCUGUUUAAGAAACAAUUCAUAGAGGUUUCAUCUGAUUAGUGGUAUGAAGAAUGUUGGAUCCUUGAGUAGUAUUUUGGGUGCAGUCUGCCUGGCUAGGUAUUGACCAGUUGUCACCAUGCAACAUGCAUACUGGUUACCAAUUCUGUAAACUAGGUUCCAAAGAAAAUUAGUCUCCAGCUGUUUUUAAUUGCUGAAUUGCAUAAAUCGCCAAUUCUGUUUUCAAUACUUAAGAAAGUUCUUGAUUAUUCUUUCAU